AGCCCCGAGUCCGCGGGGGGACCCGGCGGCGGCCGCCGCCGCCCGGCCGCCCCGCUGUGGGCCGGCCGCGGGGGGUGCGCCUCGCUCGGCCGGGUGCGGCCCGCAGAUGGCGGCGGAGCCCCAGGGCUCCGCCGCCGGGCCCGACGAGGGGGAGGUCAACCUUGAGGCGAUCAUAAACGAGUUCGUCGCCGAUGCAGACAAGGUUGAGCUGGAGCUCCCGCGCUCGCUGACCGCGGCGCAGCGGAAGGAGGCCAAGAGGCUCGCGGACCAGAACAAGGCCCUUAAGUGCGAGAGCUACGGCUUCGGCGAGGACCGGCGGCUUCACCUCUUCAAGAAGGAGGCACGCAAGGAGCUCAAGGUCAAGAAUACGUUUAUCGAUGGAUGGGAGAACGACGGCGGCGACGGAGGCGACGCCGCUUCUUCGCGCUGGCGUGUUGUGCCGAGUGCCAGCACGAGCGACUUCGAUGGUGCAGAGGCUCGCGAGUGCCAGACGCUCAACAAACAACAGUGCACAGGGCGAAAGCCCGCACAGGGCGGCUCGCAGCCAACGCCGCCGCUGGUAGCCGUCGACGCCGUCUUCGCCGAGGGACUGGGUCCCGAGGGAGGGGACGAGAUCGGCCGGCUCCAGCCAGGGGCCCCGGAGUUCCCAGCCGUGCAGCAGGUGGGUCCAGAGGGGAAACUCGGGGCAGCGCUAGGCCAGCUCGCCAUCCGUGAUAGCAUCGCGGACCGGAUCAUCAGGCAGGUGAUCUGCGUCACCAAGGAGGUGCGCAGCAUUGACGGCUACCCCGAAAAUAUCAAUAUCGCGACGCAUAUCAGCAUUAUCUGCGACAACAUAUUUCAGAUGUGGAACUUGUGUGCGAUGAAGCAGCAGAUGAAGCAGGAUAAGGACUACCAGAAGAAGAACGACGGUAAAGACAAGAGCGAUUCGAAGGGCAAGACCAUGUCGGACUCGAACGGAGGUAAAGGCAAGGGCAAGAAGAGCAAGGGCCACUACGGCGAUGAUUACGACUAUUACGAUGACGAUUGGAACAGUUCCCAUGGCAGUUGGUUUGCCACCAAGGACAUGAAGGACGUUGAUCAAGAGUACCUCCAUGGAGUCAGCGGGGGCCAUCUGCAGAUAUUUCGGCACGUCAAGCCGACUCGAGAUGGCAGCGCCCCGGCAGAGUUUAACGCGACGGAAGCACCCGUGGACGCUAGCAUCGGAGCGAAGUCAAGUUGCUUCACUGGACAGAACACCGGGGCGAACGAGUCCGACAUCAUGGCGCAGUUAAAGGACCUCAGCCAUAGCGCGGACCCGAACGAGGAGAAUCACCCGACAACCAGACUGGUGGAAUCGCACAUCUUCAUGACAAAAUCGAUUGUGCUGAAGAACGCAGUGGUAGCUGAGAAGGCAGGGCUUCACAUUGCCAGAGAGAUUCUGGUAUGCGAGGCCGCCAUGUCUCAGAACCUCAUGCUGAACUUCGGCGGCAGUGCCCCAGCCAACGCCCUCCUCGGUUACACGCCAAUUGAUUUCUAUGACGUAUUCUGCCUCUACAGUGGCCACUAUCUCCCGAACGAAAACCAGCGCACGACCAUGGACCACCUGGACCACCUGGUCCACCAGCAGCACCAGCCGCGAUGGCACCACUUCAACCUGGGCCUGGACCUCUUGCACCACAUGCACCACCAGCAGCAGCUAUACGGCAACAACCUGUACAUGAUCCACAGCCUGCACUCACUGGACCACAAGAUGGCGGAGGACCUCCAGGUGGACGACGAGAGUAUGAUCAGCGAUGGGCAGUUCACGCCCGAGGACACGGCAGCGCCAAUAUAUCUUAUUCUCAACAAGGAGCAGCUGUAUUUCUCAUGGAAGUUCAUUGGUCAGGGUCGACAAGAAGGACGCGUCGGCCCUCAUUUGCAGUCGGAGCUGGCCAGCGCGGGGACGCUGCGACGGCAAUGUCAAGCGAGAGCUCCGGGCAUCCGCGUGUGCUCCGUGGCCUGCUCCGGUGGCGAGCAGCCGCUCGAGCCUCAGACCCUGGACGAGGUCGUGGACUGCAUCAGGCCUCGUGGUCGGCUGGCCGCUGCGGAGCCUGCAGAGGAUCAGCACAUUGCCAAAUCCACGUGGCGGCUGGCCCGGCCCACCCCGCGCACGAGGCGGGAGUGCCCCUCCUACACGGAGGAGGUGACCCCAGAGACGCUCCUCUCGCGGCUGAUCUCCGAGGCGGACUCCCUUGACACCAUCGAGGCCAUGAUGGAGGUGGAGGAGCGCUUCAAGAUCGAGCUGGAGGAUGAGGACGUCAACAGGACGCAGACCAUCCGCGACCUCGCCGACCUCGUCUGGCGCACCCCCCGCGGGCUGCAGAAGAGGACCGUCUGCGACGAGGACUACAUCGCGAUGAUCGCGACCUCUCACGCAGAGAACAGGUGGGGCGAGCUCGACGGCGACUGGAGGGCUGAGAUCCCGGAGCAGUACGAGCACUUCGGGCCCUCGCUGGCGGAGGAGCACGGCGAUGAGGAGGCCAUGGCCGAGGCCGAUGUCGGCGUCGCCGGGCGCUGGUUGUCGGCGCGCGGCGAGCGGAUACUCGUGAAGGGCGGCACCGUCAUCCGCCCGGAUCGCGAGUCGGCCUCGGACGGACCUUCGACCAUGAUACAGCUGGAGCCAUCAGACGGAAAGUACAACAUGACGUUCCAGAACGUCUCGUACAGGGCGGGCUUGGUCGAAGGGCGGCUGCUCUGGGACGACGGCUCCGCCUGGUCGCGCCCGGCGCCCGGCGCGUGGGCCGCGGCCGCGACCGGCGGCGGCUCCGAGGAGGCGGCCAGCGACCGGCGGGCGGAGGCGGCGCGGCCCACCCUCGGCGAGGCCGAGGCGCGCCAGUUGCGGGUCCCCGAGCUCCGCGACCGGCUGGGGGCGCUGGGGGCGGACGCCUCGGGCACCAAGGCACAACUGGUCCGCCGCCUCGUGGAGCUGGGCGUGGGUGGCGCGUGA